UAGACUACAGCAUUUUAUUACAGUUGGGAAAAUUUGCCAACUUGUCUUGUACAACAGUUGCUUGAAAACGAGUUACCUAGCCAAAAAGGUUUCUCUAAAGCGAAAAUCCUGUCCAUGGUGACCAAUCCGUAUUGUUCUGUGCAACUCGCCGAAGACCAUAAAAGUGUAGUGUUGCUUGAUCAAAGACGACUGCCCAACCUUAAAGAAUAUCGAAACUUUUAUUCUGCAAGUGAAGUUGCAGAAGCGAUUCGUGAGAUGGUGGUAAGAGGUGCGCCUGCCAUUGGAGUUGCUGCAGGUUUUGGUAUUGCUGUGGAGGCACACAGAUUGCUGAAUCUUAGGGACUUUGAAGGCUAUAGAAAGGAAUUGGAAAUGGCUUGUGAUUUGCUGGAACGGUCUCGUCCCACUGCAGUUAACCUGAGUUGGGUCGUUCAAAGAAUACGGAAACUACUUAGUCAGGAGUACAACUCUCAGGAAUCUUUAGAACGUGCAAUUAUGAAGGAAGCUUCUUUGAUUUCUAGUGAAGACGUUGCUGUGAAUUACAGUAUUGCAAAAAUAGGCAAUCAAUUGAUCCCGCAUAGAGCAAACAUUCUUCACCUUUGUAAUACUGGUGCCUUGGCAACAGUGGACUGGGGAACGGCACUUGGUGUUAUACGAAUGGGACAUAUUGCUGGAAAAGAAAUUCACGUGUGGGUUUGUGAAACUAGACCACGUCUACAAGGUGCCAAAUUAACUACUUGGGAGUUGCAACAACAAAAUAUCCCAAUGACCCUUAUAGUAGACAGUGCCGCUGGAUAUCUUAUGCAAAUGAAGAAGGUUGACUUAUGUUUAGUUGGAGCAGAUCGUGUUGCUUCCAAUGGAGAUACAGCAAAUAAGAUUGGGACAUACACGAUGGCAUGUUUGGCAAGACUUCAUCAUAUUCCUUUUUAUAUUGUAACCCCUCUCUCUUCGAUUGAUGCUAACAUUAUUUCCGGAGAUGAAAUUCAAAUUGAAGAGAGACUUUCCGACGAGAUUCUUCGACCCAGUGGUGAAUCGCUUGUUGCUUCGGAAACUACAUCUGUUUAUAAUCCAGCGUUUGAUAUUACUCCUGCUUGCUUUAUUUCUGGUUUUGUAACGGAAGUUGGCAUCCUUCAGCCUCCUUUCACUUUACAAGUCCUCGCUAGGUUAAAGAAAGAAUAUGCAUCGCGUACUAUAACUUGAAAAACUUUUUCCAUUGACUUGUUCAUACUGAAACCAUAAAGUGUUGACACUUAAAGGCAUAUACGUGUUUAUUAAGAAAAGAAUGAUAAAGUAUAUAGACGUUCGUUUUCCAGCUUCUAGCAUUCUUGAAUGAGCACUUAAAAUUGAUCU